GCCUAGUUUUACUCCCGACGUUGCAAAGACGAGGAAGCUGGAUAUCGCAUUUCACUGACUCGCUGUUCAAGAACGACAAAUAUAUACAUUUAAGGUCGUAAUCUAUCAUAGAGACAUUUUUAAAAUCGCGAAGUCGAACUUCAUAUAUAAUAUCAAGCUGGAUCAUGAACUUGAUUAAAAAUCUGUGUUAAAAAACUUGAGUAACUUACUACGGAUAAGAUUAUGUGGAUUUUUUGAAAGAAAUUUACUCAAAUAGGAAGUAUUUCCCUACCAAAAAUAAGACUCAUCACACCGUGGAUUUGUUUUACUUCACCAGUAGUUAGAUUGCAUUUGACUUGUUAAAACGUGCAUGAUGAAUAAGGAAGGUUUAGUCGCCCUGUCAAUGAUCAUGGUAUCAUCCGUGCAUUGUGCUAUGAUCGAUAUGACACAUACGUUGAACGGUGAUGCUGUCUACUUUCCUGAGUAUAUGAAAUUCAAUAUGCUGAACACAAUGAAUGGAUCAUUUGAGGAUGCACCGUAUGUCUACAUGAAUGACCUUGAAUUAUCUGAACAUCUUGGCACACACAUUGAUGCACCCGUUCAUUAUGGACUUGGAGCUAAAAUGCUGCACGAACUAAAACUCUCUGAGCUUCAUGGUCCAGGUGUUGUAAUAGACAACCGCGAAAAGGCGCAAAAAGACCCAAAUGCGUUUGUAGACAUCGCAGAUCUACAGUUAUGGGAGAAAGAAUUUGGUGAAAUUCCAGAGGGAGCUGUUAUUAUCCAGAAUUCGGGAUGGGGCAAAUAUUGGGGUGACAGGGAUAAAUUUGUUGGACCUAACAGGACUGAUGGAGAAGGACCGCUCUUCCAGACCCCGGGUUUUCAUCCUGAUGCGGUGAAAUGGUUGCUACAAUAUAGAGACGUGAAUGGUUUCGUGGUUGAGGGAAUCAGUUGUGAUAGUGGUGUCAACGCAAAGACAUUCAUGGCCCAUCGUGUAAUGUUUAAAAAAGAAAAAUGGUGUGUUGAAAACGCUGCUAACGUGAACAAAAUACCUCAACAUGGAAGUGAAGUGUAUGUUAUGCCAGCAAAGAUAGAAAAUGGAAGUGGCGGCCCAGUUAGAAUGUUUGCAAUUUGGGACGAAGUAGCUCCUUGGCAUAAUGCUAAUGACGCAAAUGGAGGCGCUAUGAUCAGUAUUUUCAUGUUAGCUUGUCAUUUUAGCAUUUUGCACAUGGUUUAAUGUUCAUGACUAAAUCAAGGACGCUAACAAUAUGAAAAUCAAACUUCAAUAGUACGUACUUGUCUGGAUUGACUUGUCGCACGCAAGUGACAAUACUGUGUUACGUAUCACUUGUCUUUACGGCGUUUUAUUCAUCAGUCUCUUAGGUGAUGGCGAUGGAUUCCCUACAAACGUCGCAAUAUGAAUACUAGUAUAAUGCAACACAAAUACCAUAAUUUAAGCAACAGGUGGUACCAAGACACAGUAUUUGUAGCCCAAGAAAAAAUGUCCAAAACCACAUGUAUCUCAUGUUCCCAUUCAUGAUACUUCAAAAUUUCACAUUACAUGUACAU